AUGGGAGAGGAAUUAGUGUGGGCUUGUAAGAAUGGAGAUCUGGAUCAGGUGAAAGCGAUUGUAGAGAAACCGGUAAGAAAAUUAUUUUGUGGAAGCGCACUGGAAGAAAUCUUUCAUUUUAUUUGUGGGUGUGUGAAGUGUUGUUUUAUUGACAUGUUUUUUCGCACGACUUGGUUCGAGUUUGGAGUUUUUCUAAAAAUACAGUAGAUACGAAAAAAAACUAUAAAGUUCCUUCAUAACUACAUUAGUUAGUUUGUAAAUGGCCAGCGCCGACCUUUUCUACCGAUGAAACAAAAUGGAUGCGUGCCCCGAACUGCACCGAUAUUUUAACAGUUUAUUUGUCGUUGGCCUUCUCGUGUUGCACUUAAUCCUGGAAGUUUUGAUCAAACGAUCGAGGUCAUUUGCAAAUAUAAUUGAGGUUCUGCGUUAGUCAUUUGUGUGGAGAUGCUGCACUGAAAGAAUAAGUUAACCCCAGUUUAACUGAGUUUUAUUUUAAAGUCGUUUUAGAGACAUUAAGCUUAAUUCAUGCACUGUAAAAGAUUUCAUGGUUGUAAUUCCUUUGAGUGCAUUAUAUUAAUUGUCCUUCCAUUUACACUUUUGGUUUAAAAUAAAUGUAUUUUUUUUGCAUACAAUAAUGUCUUUUUAGUGCCACUUUAUAAGCCAUUGAGAAUAGAACUUUAUUGUAUCAUUCCAGAAAAUUCCAUAACUCCCCCUCCAAUGGUCAGUGGAAUUUCUGAGGGGGAGGGGGGGGGGAGUUAAAAGACCCAAUUUUCUGACAGGUUGGGGCUUAUCCAUGUGAAAUCAUUUUUCCAGAGAGUCAUACAAUACUCACAAUAAUUGAACAUGUACUUACCAUAUAGUAUGUUGUGGUGGCAAACAAAAAGUAAGAAAUAAAAGGAAUAGUUUUUAGAUGGUUUUUGGGGAAAGCAUGAUCACAGGCUAUCCUGGCUACUAUGAGCAUGACCACCAUCUUCGGAACUUUGAAAGGAAACAAAAGGAAAGCCAUGCAAAAGGAAUUUCCUAGCUGUCAAAUUCUCCGGCCCUCUAAUUGCAUAUUAUUCUCAGGAAAUCUUAAUGACAUUCAGAAAAGUGUUCUUGUAGCUGCAACCAUAGACUUUAAUUUCAAUGUACUUUCCUUUAAAUUCUUAAGCCAAACUGUCCAAUGUCAAUGUUUUCUCUUUGCCAUUCCCCCAUCCGCUUAGACUUUAAGGUUUCUUGGAAUGUUAACUUAGACACCGUUUACACAGAUCCUGACAAAUUUUAGAAUAGACAAAAACUUUCACAGAUCCGCCUUUUGUUCCCAUGAAACCCAAGGAACCAUGCAAGCUUUUGACAUAAUCCCAAAUAGGUCAAAAUUUUUUACCGGUACAGUUCACUUUAACACGAACUUAUGUUAACACCUGUCCUGAACCAUGCAAGUUUUUGCACAGUUUGUGUGAUAAAAGCCUGGAGCUUGGUUACGCACCUUCCAUAAGUUGAUUAACGCAAAAGCUUUAACCCAUCACUGAAACUAUGCAAAAAUUUUUAUGGACUUGUGUAAAAAGCACUGAAAUCUGUAAAAAAAUUUGAACUGUUCUGUCUAAACGAGUAGUGUAGUUAAAAAAUACUUCUGUUCAAAAAUUGUGCGGACCUGUGUAAACAGGAUCUUAUUCACUUCUGACUUGCAAAUGAACCAAUUUGCAAUUUUCUAGGGUUUUGAUGUGAAUGCUGGGCUGUUAGCAGGACGCAAUGGCCUCCAUUAUGCUGCCGAUUACGGACAAAAGGAAGUCAUAGAGUUUCUUCUAUCAAAGGGAGCAAAUAUCAACGUAAGUUACUAUAAAGCAGUUUGAAUGCUGUUAUUAAUGAAAGUUGGCAAAUAAAUCAUGUCCAUCCUCGGAGACCCAGAGGCAGAUAGUGGGGGCGAGAGAAAGUCUAAACGGGCGGGAAAAUAUGGCACGAAGAAAAGUAAAGAACGGCGAGAAGAGCCCCUGGGGACAAUGUCUUACCAGACCAGUUCCAAACGUUCGCUGCCAUUCUGCCUUCUGAUUGGGCAGAAAAACACAAAAGUUUUUUGGCACCAAUCAGAAGCCAGAACGAUGGCGACAGUUUGGAACUGGUCUGAUAAGACAUUGUCCCCAAGGGCUCUUCUCCACGUUCUUUUCUUUUCUUCGUGCCAUAUUUUCAAGCGCUUAGCACUGAAAAGUAUAGGCGCUAUAUAAAUAUAUUUUUUUAUUAAUUUUUUUUAAUAUUUUCCUGCCCGUUUAAACUUUCCCUCACCCCCACUACCUGCCCCUGGGUCUCCGAGGAUGAAUCAUGUCAGUCUUUCAUGACAUUGUAGAUAUAUCUGUCAGUAACUACAAUCCUUCUUUGUGACUGGUCAAUGUAGAGCCUAAAUUGCAGUAUAAACCUGACAUGGAAAUGUAAUAAGUAUUUUGCUAAACUGGCUUUCUCAAUAAGAUUGUUAAGUUAUGGAGCCUUGUCUGUUGUACAUACAGUUGUGUCUAGCACACUUUUUUGGACCAUAAAUCUGAAGGAAAACAAUGUUGGUCCAUAAAAAAUACAGACUUUAGGAACUUAAACUUGUUCAGUUAAAGGAAUGUAUUCACCAAUGGAAAAAAGUAAGAUAUUCCUACUUCUUUUGUGAAAGAAAGGCGUGCAUAGUGGUCAAAUAAUUAAAAGAGCGAGUAUUAACAAAAUGAGGUGCUGAGAAUCUUUUGUGUAUUUUACCCAGUGUAUGCAGAUGCUAAGACACUUGACCUGUAUCUGUAACAUUACAACCAUGUCUUUUGACCUAAAGCUAACAAGUCAAACCACCAGCUCCAUCCAAUGUUUCAAUUACAUUUAAUGACCAGUCAGAGCUGUCAAUAGGGGCCAUAAACCAUAACAGCUGUUAUGGCUAAGCUCACUUGUUGUUACAGGUGAUCAAACUGGAAAGCGAAAGAUGACACUAUAGACUUUUUGUGAGAUGUUUUGGGUGAAUCUUUAGUUGCUCAAGGCUGCUUCAAAACUAAAUGAAAGCCCUCACAGUAUCUGUCAUUGGUUAUCAGAUAGGACAGUGAAAUUGUCUGGCUACACUCUUUAUUUUGAAAAUGAGUAAAACAAAGCAGCCAGAGGAGAAUUAUUUGUGACCUGCUCCUUUCACUGGCAGGUUGGUUUGAACCAAUGCACCUGACUCUUAGCAUGCUGGUUAUUUUCUUAGUUUUUAUAGAAUGCACAUUCCCCACAUGCAAAUGGCAUUGGAGGCUUCCUCUCCUUUUCUCACCUCGUGUGCACGCGUGUGUUUCCCAAACUUUCUCCCUUCGUCAUAAAAAAUUACGGUACUUGUUACACAAGCUACCUGACUGCAUUCAAACCAUAGUAUCUUCAGAUGGAUGUGCUUUGAUUGAAUGCCUCCUUAUUGGUUAAAUAAAGAGUUUACCUUUUUAAUUUACCCAAGCUUGAUUACUGCGAUCAUUCUUCAAAAUGAGUCUUCUUUUCUUGACAUCAUUAGCUUCCAGACAAACAUGGCAUAACUGCUCUGUUGGCCAGUGUUUUUGAAAGUCAAACAGAAUGUGUGAAAUUACUGCUUGAAAAGGUGAGAAAAUAUUAAAGUAAAUUACUCUAGUAACAGUAUUAUUAAAAGAAGUAGAGGAAUGAAAAUCUUAUUAUGUAUUUGUUUAAAAGGUUAAAAAAAGAAGAAAGGUUUACAGUUUACUGUGGAAAGUGCCCUUAGCUUGCUCAGCUAGUUUAUAGACACUCCACUCAAAAAUAUUAUUAGUAACAAAUAAUCUAAAUAGAACAUAACAGGGUUAACAACCUCAACUGGCAGGAGGCAACCAGACGUGGCCAAGGAUUUGAACUUGGGAAGACCGAGAGCAAAUUUGACUAGUGUCCAGAGAGGGACUUGAACGUACAUGUAAGACAACCACAUUGCAAGUAUAACAAACUAACUUGGCCGUGCUACUUCCUACGUAAUUCACCAGCACACAUUGUGAUUUCAAUCAACAGUAAUUCAGUUAUCAAAAUCUUUGUAAAGAUCACAGGCAGGCUAAAGAAAAGUAAUUUGGUGUUUUCUAAAAACAGUUGCCAUGCAAUGAAGCCAUUGUCAAUAUCAACAUGCAUAUUCUCCACAUUUUCUGCUUAAAUUGUUUUUUAAGCCAAUAAGGACAACUUGUUCAAACAUCAAGACGUUUUAAACUUGGGGUUCAUUUCCAGUGCACCAAAGCUAUAACCAUUUUGGUCAGCAUGGCGAGUAGGAUUUACUAUUUUAGCAACCAUAAUAGACCUUUUUACCGAUACAGCAGCCAUAUUGAAUGUAUGAUACCGUUUUUCCUUUGUUGUAGGGCGCUAACAAAAAUUUAAAAGCCCCUGAUGGUAGAUCUUAUCUUGAAUGUGCUGAAACAGAUGACAUCAAGAGUCUUUUGAAGUAG